AUGUUGAGAAGUCAACUUCAGAAGAAGGGUGGCUUCUAUGUCUGCGCAUCAUGUCGCCGACAAAACCUCCACAGCUUGACCCAACUGCGCUCUAGGGCCACGACGCCAGGCCGCGCACCCUCCUCCGCCUCGCGACUGCUAUCUUCGGCUCCUGCUCGCACCCUUCACUACCGACAUGUACCGCGAAACCCUCGAGAUGCAGCCCCGCAGACACAUCACGAGUUCCUCAGCGGGGCGAACCGGACGGGCGUCCGAGGGUACAGCUCAUAUGGAAAGUUCGGGUCAGGCACCUUGCCCGGCCAGACAAACACGGACUGGGCAAGAGCAGCCUCCCCGCCGGCCUGGGGAGGAAGAAAACCCGGGGGAUUCCAAGCCGGCAAGAUACCACCGGCCAAGUCUACGUCCGUAGCGCCGGCCAAACCCACGUACACAUCCAUGCCAGACACCCAAUCUUCCGCUGCCCAAGAGGCGCCUUUAGCCAUGGCUUCCGGUCAACCGAGUGCAGCAACCGCGAUACCAAGCGACAAUAUCGCCCAAGACAGAGCAUGGCAGCCGACGGAGCACAAGCCUUUCUCUCCCAAACCUGGAUUCGCAAAUAGAAGCCCAAUUCGGCCCGCGAGGGACACUAGUACGAUGGGAAAAUUCAAGUCCGAAGCAAGUCCGCUCCCUGAAAACACACCAGCGGCGAGAGGAACGCAGGAAAAUGCGCCAGAGUUUUCGCAAUCGGCCUCCGGGGCGCACCAUAUAGCGCAGCAGCCUGAGCCCACUGAUCAGAACCAGGGCUCUCAGAGCUUCACUGUGAGAAGAAAAGUAUUCAAGCCGCCUCCUGGGGCCGAGUACGGUCAUCUUCGCCGGAGAUCGCCAAGCGUGGAUGAGUUCGAAACUCUGAGUCCGUUCAACCUACCCGGUGAAGAGCUGCCACGCAGGUCGCUAUUCGGCUUCAACAGACCAGCUGGAGCUUCAAGUGGGGACAAGUCAUCGGCUGUUGGCGGAUCCGCUCCAGCUCCAGUUGAUAGCAUCGCGAGUUCCGGGAUGGACAGGAGCCCGGGCCUUGAGGAGGUGCCGCUUGAACAGCUGGAUACUGCCCAGAGUUUGAGCAAUACGGAGAGCCGUCAAACCUCACAGCCCCGAGAUCCAGUCGACCAGUUCUCGAUAAUGCGGAAGGUAGCUGCACCAUCACGAGCUCCUCACAGGAGCGGCGGCAAGCAGAGUGAUUGGGGUCUUUCAGAGAGCGACCUCGCCCCCUCCGAAGAGCGAUAUUCACCGAGGGGUCGCGAGAGGGACCAAGGUCUUUACGAGAGCGACAUGGCUUCCCCUGAAGAGCGACACGCACAGAGACGUCGCCAAAAUGCUAUGAAUCAAGCAGAAAGUCGAGCGCAGGGAAGACGACGACAUGACUCUGGAUUCGACUAUGAAGAGCAUCAAGCUCGAAAGCAAGCAGCCAGACGGCGGAAGGAAGAGAAAAGGGCUGCCAAGGAAGCCGAGGCCCCGAAGACGAUCAUGCUGCCAGAAUACAUAACCAUCUUUGAUCUGGCACAGGCACUGGGCGUCAAACCGCAGCAAUUCCUCAGCGACCUUGGAGAACUUGGAUUCGAGAACAUACUUCACGACAGUAUCAUGACGGGCGAGACUGCUGCGCUAGUCGCUGCGGAAUACGGUCUCGAUCCUGUCCUCGACACAGGCGAUGACAUAGACUUGAAGCCACGGCCUCCACCAGAGGACCCGUCAGCGUUGCCGCCCCGCCCACCAAUUGUUACCAUUAUGGGACACGUCGACCACGGCAAGACCACCAUGUUAGACUGGCUGCGGAAGUCAUCUGUUGCUGCACAGGAGCAUGGCGGCAUCACGCAACAUAUCGGUGCUUUCUCAGUCCGUCUCUCCUCGGGCAAGGUCAUUACCUUCCUGGACACGCCUGGACACGCCGCGUUCUUGAGUAUGCGGCAGCGUGGUGCCAACGUGACCGACAUUGUGGUCCUCGUUGUGGCCGUUGACGACAGUGUCAAGCCACAGACCCUCGAGGCGCUCAAGCAUGCCCAAAACGCAAAGGUUCCCAUCAUCGUGGCUAUCAACAAGAUAGACGUGGAUGAAAGACGUAUCGAUCAAGUCAAACAGGACCUGGCAGCAAACGGUGUGGAGAUUGAGGACUUUGGCGGCGACGUGCAGGUGGUCGGCGUGAGCGGGAAGACGGGCAAGGGCAUGGAUGACUUGGAAGAGAGUAUCUUGACCUUGUCCGAAAUCCUGGACGUCCGUGCCGAGACGAACGGCAUGGCUGAGGGCUGGAUUCUCGAGGCGAGCGUCAAGGUCGAUGGCAAGGCGGCAACGGUACUUGUCAAGCGCGGGACGAUACGCGUGGGCGACCUGAUCGUCGCCGGGACCACGUACGCCAGAAUCAGGAUGAUGCGCAACGAGGCCGGUGUCAACGUCGGGGAGGCCGGGCCGGGAACGCCUGUCGAGGUCCUUGGAUGGAGAGACGCCCCAGUCGCCGGAGAUCUGGUCCUCCAGGCGGAGGACGAGGACAGGGCUCAGCUUGCAGUUGAUUACCGAGAGGAACUCGCGGAUCGGACAAAGGCUGCUGCACAGAAGGGAGAGGAGGAGCUCAAGAAUCGCGAGAAGGCCGAGCAGGAGGCGCUGGAGAAGAUGAUGGAGGAAGAAGGCGAGGACGCUGUCUCAGCAGAGGCGGAGGUAUCGGGGCCUAAGACGGUAAAUACCAUUGUCAGAGGCGACGUGAUGGGAUCCGUGGAGGCGGUCUGCACGGCAGUCAUGGAGAUCGGCAACAACGAGGUGCACGCCCGGGUCCUGAGGUCCUCUCCUGGUCAGAUCAAUGAGUCCGAUAUCGACCUCAUGGCUGUGGCCAAGGGCUGCAUCAUCAACUUCAACGCCCCGAUACCGAGUCACAUCAAGAGCAAGGCGGAGGAAAAGGGCGUCAGGAUCCUCGACCACACUAUCAUCUACCACCUUGUCGAGGACGUCAAGGAGAUGAUGUCAGAGCAGCUGGCGCCGAUCAUCAGCCAGAAGGUCCUGGCCGAGGCUGAAGUGCUGCAGGUGUUCUCGAUCAACAUUGUGAAGCGGAAAUACAGGAACAUUGCCGGUGUCAAGGUGAAGACGGGCACACUGACGCGGGGCGGGAUGUACAGGGUGAUGAGGGACGGCGAGAAGGUCUUCGAAGGCAAACUUGAUGCUCUGAAGCAGGGCAAGAAGGAUGUGAAGGAGAUGAGGAGGGGCACCGAGUGCGGUGUCUCGUUUGAGUCCUGGGAUGAGUUCGAGGCGGGCGACGUCAUCCAGCUGUUCGAAGAGGUAACGCAGAAGAGGUACCUCUGA